AUGCAGAGGCGCAUUAGAGCCACACCUGAGAGAUUGUCAUCAGGCUGUAAGCCUGGUUGUCCGGCUCAGUUUGAUAUGGUGUUGAUAUCUGAUGGUCCUCAUCCUGUGUGUUUGCGGACACUGCAUGCUGUUGCAGGUCUGAGAGUGGCUCAAGUUCGUGCUAUAUUCACCCUCCCUUUUCAGUUCAGCACAUACACCAGAGCCCUCACAUACAUCAAGUGGUUCACACCUUUCAGGACACCUGACCCUUCUUCUGGAAUGUGA